UGAAUAUAUUACAUGUCAACAUCAUAAUGAAGAAGAAAGGGAUGCUGCAAUACGUUCUUGCGCAUAUUGGAAAGUAAAGAAAAGAAGCUUGAUCAUGUCCAACUGUGAUCAGGACACUGUCUUGGCCAAGUGAAGAGUUUCCAGAUGGACUCCAUAAUGGCACUUGGUACCAUCUUUAAGAAGGCGACGACUUUGCUUGGCAUUGGUACAGAUCAUCUCAAGCCCCCGCCUUUAGAUGGUGAAAUCAUCUACUGUAAAAACAAUGUCUGUGUUCAUCCACCUGCAACACUGGCUAUGGAAUCUGAAGAGCAUCAUCCUGGAUACCUGACCUUGAGAUCACAAAAUGAUGAAGAUAAAAAUGGGCCAACUUUGAUCUUGACAUGGAUUCCAAAUUCUUCUUUGAAAAAGAAUCCUAAGAGUAUUGAGAGCCCAAACAGGUCUUAUGCCACAACACCAAGUCCAAAGAGGACCCCCAGACAGGAGUAUGCCCGCAAAAAGGUCACCACUCCCUCCCCGAGCAGUUCUCCCCGAGGUUCAUGUGUAUCUAUGGGAAGCGAUGCCUAUGAACAGUAUUAUAUGGACAAAGGCCCUGUAAAAAGCAAGAAGAAACAGAGCAUUGACAAUUCCAGCAUGAACUCGGAGAUUUCUAUGGGGUCCAGGGAAGACUGUUUGGACAGCUGGUCCCAUGCAGAGGAAAUUAAUAGGAAAUUAAGCACUAGUAAUAAAUCACAAACAGAUUCGGGUAUUGAUACAGAGGAUGUUGUGCAAAAUAAUGAGAAAAAUAUUCCCAAAAAAUGUCAGACUGUUGGCAGAAAUGUUAAUGACUUGCAUGUUGACAAAGAAAGUAACAGUGAAUGUAAAACGGACAACCGAAACAGCACAGAGGAGGACAUUUCUUCAUCUGACACAACAGAUGGCCUCACUGCUGAGGAACAACUUGCAGCUAUGUUAAAAAGGAACAAACUUCAUGCCAAAGCCAGGGAGAGGUUAGAGUCGAAUAAGUCAGUUAGCAUCGAAAUGGAUGGUGAUAACUUAGUUGUUGUUACAGAGGAAAUUGAUGGACCACAGUCGUCUGUGAACAUGGAUAAAUACAUUACCGACAAAAACAUAAAUAAAAAUGAGAGUAAGUUUGAUACAAGUUCAAGUUCGCAGUCAACAGAUGCUGAAGGAAUAAGUCUGAGUUCAGACUCAACACAUCCGAGUCCAUCAGGUGCUCAUUAUAACAGAAUGAUUGAUGAACUUCGAGAGAGUGUUUCUGCCCAAGAUAAUGGCUCUAGUACAUGUGACAGCUCAGAAACAAUCACAGAGGUCACAGCAAAACCCACAAGGACUAAUGUUCCCAAGGAUCUGAAUUUGAAUUCCAAUGCCAGUAGUGAUGCUUAUUGCUCUGUUCCAUCUUUAACAACUCCUGACAUAUCCGUGACACGGUGUCGGCAUUCAUCUUCUUCUUCAUCCAUGACAUCUGGGCCAGACUCCGAGCCCCCUAGUGAUGGGGAAUCUCCUCCUUUGUUCCCAACAUGGAACAAGUCCCCAGACUCACCAAGCAGUGAGGGAUCUGUCCAAGUGUCCCACAACCUGACAUUUCCUCACAAUUCUGUGUCAUACUCUUUGGGUUUCCAGGAGAGAAAGAGUGCCAAGGACCAAAUGUGUGGUGUCUUCUCUGUGGAUUUGGGUCAGAUGAGGUCACUAAGGCUGUUUUACUCAGACCCAUACUGCACCAAAGGACAAGUGGUGAUAGCCAGCAGGGAAAGCCAGUACAAAAUUCUACACUUUCAUCAUGGAGGACUCGACAAACUGGCAGAAAUCUUCGAGGACUGGAACCUGUUUGCCAAGAUGAAAGAUAAGCAAAACAAGGAAAGCGAGGGUCAAUACAAACAGUUUCUCAUAGUGAGGCCACAAGUGACAGACGAGCAGUGUCAUCCCGAGGAAGGCAUUUAUAAUAUGGUGAAUGAGGAGGAAUGGAAGAUCCACAUGACAACCGAAGGAAGAAUAGUGGAAGACUACCAACUCAGAAAGCACAUAUUCUUUGGAGGACUAGACCCACACUUAAGACAUGAGACAUGGCCAUUUCUCCUUCAUUAUUACCCUUGGGAUUCUACGUUUGAUGAGAGGGAGGCCUUCAGAAAUGAUCGAUACAUUCAGUAUCAAGACAUCAGAAAAAUGAGGGAAGAUAUGACUCCUCAAGAGAAAGAACAAUUCUGGAGGAAGAUACAGUCCACUGUAGAGAAAGAUGUUGUCAGGACCGAUCGUAGUCAUCCAUACUUCAAAGGAGAUGAUAAUCCUAAUAUUGAGGUCUUACAGAACAUUUUGUUGAACUAUGCGGUGGCCAAUCCAAACAUGGGUUACACACAGGGCAUGUCUGAUCUGCUAGCUCCUGUCUUGGCAGAAAUCCAGAAUGAAGUGGAUGCCUACUGGUGCUUCACUGGUCUGAUGCAGGGGACCAUAUUUGUUAGUUCUCCAAAGGACAGCGACAUGGACAAACAACUGAAUUACUUGAGGGAGCUACUCAGAUUGAUGGAGAAUGAAUUCUAUUUGCACCUGAAACGGUUGGGAGAGGAUGCAUUGGAACUGUUAUUUUGCCAUAGGUGGAUAUUGCUGUGCUUUAAGAGAGAAUUUCCCGAGACUGAUGCCCUUAAGAUCUGGGAGUCCUGCUGGUCACAUUAUCAGACUGACUAUUUCCACCUUUUUAUUUGUGUGGCCAUUGUUAGUAUCUAUGGUGAUGAUGUCAUAGACCAGGGCCUUCCCUCAGAUGAAAUACUUCUGCACUUCAGCAGUCUUGCCAUGCAUAUGAAUGGUCAGCUUGUUCUAAGAAAGAUAUAAACAUUCAUGAUGAGGAUGUCAUUGUUUCUUAUUAACUUUUUCUAGAUAUCUAAUGGAUUUUAAAUAUUGAUGUGCAUACCAUUAAUAUUUAUAGGCAAGAGGUCUGCUGCAUCACUAUCGAAAACUACCAAGAAUUCCUUGCACAUUGCAUGGCUUGUGCUCGCUAUGUGGGCCGGGAAUGUGGGACAGUGGGCAUGUACCCAUAGUGGAGUGUGUGGGCAAUCACAAAAAUGACAUAUGCCCUUAUAAUAGCAACCCAGGAUCUCCUGUGCAUCCUGUUUACUGAUCAAUGAAAGGCCAUCUACAACAUCCACAACCACUAGUUCAUAUAAGUGAAUUAUUCUCAUGUAUACUGUAUACAAUGGGAAAUUUUGUCACAUGUAAUUUUCACCCUAAUGCAUGUAAAAUGAUUUCAGCCCAUUUCAAAUUGCCUAGAGUUAUCUUUCAAAACAUAGAGUUAUAUAAUCUUUAUCAAAUUAGUUCAAUUUUGAAUUUGUCUACAAAGGAUGAGGGCAAAAAUAGAUGGGGUGAAAUUUUUCCAGUAUCAUGAACCAAGUAAACACAUCAUAAAAUGUGUAAAGUUUACUUUGAAAUUGCCCAAUCAAAGAAUGUUCUUUAAAUAUGUUCUUUUUGAACUAAAACAAAUGUUAAACAUUGAAUAUGUGUUUAGCAGUGACAGAUUGAUAUGUCGAACCUCUUAAUUCACAAACCCCCUUAUCCAAAAUUUAUGAAUUUGCUUUAUCAAUACAUGUGUAUAUAUAUUGUUAUGCCAGUGUUUUGUUCUAUUGUGUUAAGAGUUAGGUCCUUAUCCUCAAGUAAAGAGAAAUGUAUCUAUUUUUUGAUUCCCAAACUGUAAUGAUGCUAAUUUUUUGCAGUCAGCCAUGUUGUCUUUCUCACACACCAGUUUCUUGGGUGUAUGUUUACUCUCAGUUAAACCCCUUCAUGAGCCUUAUUGACUUUUAGAUGCAUAUUAUCAGUAGAUUGAAUGAAAAAAAAAAUAUGUCAUAAAAAAUUCUGCCUAAUUAAGAUCCACAUUGUUCGCUUACCUGAAUUAGAGACUCUAGUGAGUUUUAGGAUCAAAUUUUGCUUGUUCGUUGCGGUGUUGUUAACUUUUCUUACUUUUUAAUUCUUUGGUACAAUUUCAACCAAAGUUUGGUGAGCAGGAUUCCGUAUUCUUCAACUGAGGGGUCAUGGUUGUAUUAUCAUGUAAAUUCUGUUUGAUUAAACCAUGCUCCCCAGGGCAAGGAUGGUGCCACAAUAGGAAUUUAAAGUUUUUCAAUGAAAGGUAUUGAGGAAAAUCUUUAAAAAAUCUUCCUCUCAUGAACCAGAAGGGUACAGUUUAUCAAAUUUUGUUCAAAUCAUAACUCCAGCCCAAAAGAUUUUCUGUAGAAAACACAUUGGAAUGUAAAUACGACUACAAACUGUUUGUUUUUUUCUGAAUGAUCAGCGUUGUGGCCCAUUGGCCUCUCAUUCAUAUUGGUGAUUGUCAGGCAAACUGAGAAUUAACACAAGAAAACUAGAUGUUUUAGGAUUGUGACUCUCAAUGAAUUCCCUAUCAGGGAAACCUUCCUUGAACAGAGUCUACUAGAAAUGCUACUUCGUUGCUGUAGCCUUAUUCAGAUUCUGAAUUUAUCAAACUGUACAAGAAAUAUCUGACAAUGCCUUUGCCAGAGCAAUGAAAAUUCAUGAAGUAGUCGCGGCUGCCUCCAUUUUAGGAUGUAUGCGUCAGCUGGUACAUGUAUUGCCUGAAUUCAGUUGAUCAGUACGCUUCCUGCUUCACUACAUGUAACAAAGUGUAAUAGGCUGUGACAUCAUAGCUGCAUUGCAUGUCAUUUACUUUUAGCCCAACCUAUAACAAAAACAACAAUUUGAUUUUGAUAAGAGUAAUUCUUAAAAAUCUUUGCAAGCUUGAGCAAUGGAGAUCACUGAUUGGCUAGUUUUACCACAUAAGUUCUUUGCUUUUCUAAAAAAUCAAUAUGGCUGAUGCAGGGAUUCUGCAAAGGGUAAACAGACUGAGACUCUGGUUUGUGAGAAAGCUUUCAAGGUGUUGCUUUAUUACUUUGUUUAUGUUCAAACUAAGAAACUAAGAUCUCUCAUUCAAAUAAAUGAAUUUGUAUAUUUUGGGUAAGGCGAAGUGAAUUUGUUUUAUUUUGAAAUAGUGCAAUAUUCAUGUAUGUGUGUUAUUCUGGUAGAUGUUAAGUUGCCAAGUAGAUAUUACUCCUGUGAUUAUAUAGUGAUGUAGACCCAAAAGUUGUAUAUUUAAGGGACUAGGUUCUGGUGCUGUCGAAUAUCACAUUGUUUUAUGGCAUUAUUUAUGUUAAGAAGUCGUUUCCUUUAUGAUAUAUGUAUGUCAUUGCAUCCCAUUUAAUAUACGUAUAUAUGUUAGCUAUGAAAUAGAAUACAUGUACAAACAUAUUUACAUUUGUGAUAAAGAAAUAAUAGAAUAAUAAGAGGGUCUGGAAAAUUAUUGGACAGGUUGAAAAUGAUAGUUUGAAUGUAUAAUUCUUUAAAAACAGCUCUUGGCAUAUAUAUGUGUUAUGGGUAACUUGUACCUUAAUUUUCUGACAGUAGUAUCGGUUUUUUCCCCAGAGGCAAUGGCUUUGACCUUUCCAGUAAAUCGACCAAUCACAGUCUCAUGUUCUUUAGAAAAAUUAUGAAUUUCCAUACAAUAGUACAAAAUCCUCAUUGACUUUUAGCAUAAUUUUUGUGUGGAAAUAAUGGGUUUAUUUGUCACUUCUUAGUAAAGUUUAAAAGCAAUAUAUUGAAGUUUAAUCUUGUUACCAGGGUAAAUUGAUUAUAUCUUGUAUCUUUGCUAAACAUAAUAGGGGGGAAACCAAUAAGUUUAAAUACUUUCUAUGAAACUUUAAAUCCAUGAUGUUGUGUUGUUUUUGUUUUCAAGAAAUCCAGUAGCUAAACCCAAAUGGAAGAGGCAUUAUGCUUGUUUUUUGUUUUUUAUUAUAGUUUUAUACCAACCUCCACCCCUUCAAUACUAGAAUAAGAUUGUCCAUCAUUCCAUUGAGAGGUUGGUUUCUAGGCCUUCAAAAGUGCUUACCCUUUACACCUGGAGUCAUUCUUCACUCACAGAAUCACCAUUGAUGACCCCUGUUGAUUUUGUGGUCAAAGGUCAAGCAGACAGGGUGAUAUAGGAAAAUGGUUUCAUGGCCAUAAGUGAGUUCCCUUUUCUCUUGAAAUCACCAAACUUUAUACACGGUUCACCAAGGGAUCAGGAAGACAUUUAUCUACUUCUGAGUCAAAAAGGUUAAAGGUUAAGCAAAAUGGACUCCAUGACCACUCUAAUGGAAUUAUUCAAACAAAAUGACAUGCUAAAGUGUCUAUGUUAAAAUUGACAUAUUACCCCACAAUGAAACAAAUAGUAGAACAGUUUGAAGUGUUUUGAUUCAUGAUAGAGUAGCAUUUACUGAUGAAGUGCUUAGAUAAAAUGCAUUUAGAUACAUGUACAUUGAAUAAAGUGUUACCCUGUAGAAUUCCAAUUUAAAGUUAUAAUUUUAACUUGCUGUCUUUCUCGUGAUGAGUUUCAAUAUUUCAUUUGUAGAUCUGUGAUAUUUUUCUGAUAUUAUUUAUCUAACUCAAUCUAACAUAACAAUAUGGAUGUAUGCAUUUGUUCAUUCAUUUUCAGUUAACUAGAGCUUAAAAGUGGGCUUUUGUGAUUGAAGUUUGUCCGUUACAUGUCAGUUUAUUCUCUGUUCACUUUUAAAAAACUUCUCAGCACAAUGCAUCUUUGGGUUAUGGGGAUAUUGGUUUUAUUAAUAUUUUUUCCAAGGGAAAAUUGUGAAAAAGAGUGGGAUGUUUUAAAUAACUUCCUUCCCAACAAUUAUACAGUACCAGAUAUGCCCAAAUUUGGAUGAGUUUCUUUAUGUAAUGAAAAUCAAUUUAUUCUAUCCAUGACUCUCCAGGCCAGAGUGGGGCAACAAUAGAGGUUCAAAUUUAACCUAGAAAUUUAUAGGAAGCUCUCUUUUUGAAAAUCUACUCAAGAACCACAUUGAUACAAUUUGUCACAUUGAUACGCAAGCAAGCAUCCUCAUGUACUGUAAAUUCUUCUCUUUUUUUCACUUCAUGAACCAACCCCCAACCCCCCUCCCCAGAUUCAGGUUAGGGCCAGUAAUGGGGUUUGUUUAGAAAUAUGAUAGGAAAUUUCUUCAAAAUCUAAAACCAUAAGGAUGCAAUUUGUGACAUUAAGAUUCAAACACCAUUGUGUAGAUAUAAGUUUGUUCAAACUUUAACCCCAGGGCCAGAGCGAAGCCAAAAUAAGAGUUAAGUUUUACAUUGGAAAAUGCAACUGCUCAGGUGAACAAUGUGGCCCAUCAUGCCACGGGUCUUUUGUUUGUUUUAGUUACCUCUGCCAGGUUUUCUUUUCACCCUGUUUGUUCAUUUGUUAGAUUGUUCUCAAGAUAUCUCUAAAGGUUGUAAACUUAUUUUAGUGAAUUGAUUUUGGUAGAAAAUAUUAAGAAAUUGCAAUGAUAAUCUUUUUUGAAAGAAUUUUUCAUUGUUUACCAUUCACCUAUAUUACUUAAUAAUAUUAGUUAUCCACUGGAAGGUCUUAUCAGGGGUGUACAGGAAUUUACCUGUGAUUGUACUGUAGUACUGUAAAUACUUUUUAUCCGUGUAUUGUUAACUUCAUUUUCAUGCAAACUCUCCAGGUGUCACUAUUAAAUUUGUAUGAUAUAUUUACCGUAGUGAUGAAUGAAAUGAAAGUUAGCAAAAAUUUCAUCUUGCAGAUAAAUCUGUUAUGGCAAGAUUGCGGAAAUGACGCCUCACUAAACAUAAGUAAUUUACAGUACAUAGGUGAUUUUCAAUACACCUGCAGUUCCCUUGGGAGACUAACUAUCAAAUUACAUGGUAAAUUAUAUGAAUUACUACAAGAUAUUGUUGCUGGUAAAGUAAAUAUCUGCAUACAAAUUUCUGUAAUUUGUUUUCCCUCAGAUUCUACAGCGUAGGGUAUGUGUUCUAUGUGCACAAUUGAUUUUUUGAUAAUUUAAUUCUACAUUCCAGCAUUUAUUACAUUGUGUUCAUUUGUUACCUCAGUUUUAACGUAAAACGUAAUGCUAUUUAAAGUCGAGUUUAUACACAUACAAAUAACACAAGCUCUGUAGAGCUGUUUACUGACAUUGUGGGGUUUUAUCACUUACAUCCACUGACAUUGUGGGGUUUUAUCACUUACAUCUACUGACAUUGUGGGGUUUUAUCACUUACAUCCGUGCAUUUUCCAGAAAAUAUUAGCUGCUGUGCAAUACUUGAUAAAGUUAAGGGUUGUAUAUUUGACUGUUAUUUAUGUGACGUGCGACAACCUAGUUGGCAUUUUAUGUGACUUGCAUUUAUUAUAAAUUAUACAAUAGUUGAAAUAUCUCUUUAUCUAGAGACUACACUUACUUUUUUAUGUAGAUGAAAAAUUGACAGUAAAAUGAAAGAUUGGUGUUUCAACAUGACAUAUAUUAAAGCAUAUACAAUUACAGCUAUAUUUUUUUCAGUCUCUGUGAAGUGAAUCUCGUGGACUGCUGUGUAUUGUCUGUCAAUAUAAGAUCAUGUCUAGUAUUCAUUGUUGUUGUUUCAUCUUCAUUAUAAUUAUGUACAAUUUAUUUCAGAAAAUAAAAAUUGGUGUACAAAUUUC